AUGGCAUAUCCUGACAACCCUGAGAUUCCGGAGCAGACAGGGUCGACGGAGAACAAGUAUCUCUGCCUGACAAUUUGUGGUUACCGCAAACCUGGUAUGAGUGAAAAGGAUUACCGUAAUCAUAUGGUCAACAUUUCCGCGCCGAUGACAAAGGGACUCAUGGUCAAGUACAAUGUCAUACGGUGGACCCAGAUUCACAACCAAACUGCAACAAGGGCUAUGAUGACACAGCUUUUUGAUCACCAGAUGGUCAAUGUGGCUGACUUUGACUGUUUUAGUCAGGUAUUUUUCAAGAGUGUCGAUGACUACAAGCGCAUGAAGCAAGAUCCGUGGUACAAGGAGCAUCUGGCUGGGGACCAUGAGAAGUUUGCUGAUACAAAGAAAAGCAUGAUGACAAUCGGCUGGGUCGAAGAGUACAUUCGAGACGGACAUGCUUUCAUGAUUCAGCAAGUUCAACCACUGAUCAUGAGAAACCACACUACUCUCUCCAGCAAGAUGAAGCUUAUCUACUUCAGUAAUGAGUUUCCCCAGGAUGACCUGCAAACCACCUUUCGAGAACUUCUUAAUCACAGCAAGGAUAGGAGACACCCAGCUCUUGCCCGGUUUCUAGAGGAGGCCACCAUCGCUAUUCGGGAAGAAGUGCGACAGCUGCCCACAGCUCUAAGGAAGCUAGUCCCUCCUUUCGACACGAUUUUGAACUUUGCGGAUUUUGCCGACCUGCGGAGUGGCCAACUUUCUGGGGCUAUAGAUGGCAUCCUCCUCUGUGUCAUCGAAGUGGGUACCCUCAUUGGAUACUAUGAGACCUAUCCCGAUGCUUUCGACAAUGCCACUGCUAACACAGCUUUGGCCGGCCUGGGGAUAGGCCUUUUGGCUACCGCUGCCCUCUCCUUGGCCUCUUCGGUAGCGGAAAUUUCGAUCACGGGUGCUCAGGUUGUACGACAGGCCUUCCGGCUCGGCAUUCUUGUCAACGAGGUCUCCCAGAACCUGGAGGCUCCUGACUUGGCGGAUGAUAGCUCACCAGAUACUUGGGCCUAUGUUAUAGCCAACGUGUCUGCCGAUGAAGUUCAAAAAGAGCUUGACUUGCUUCAAGCUAAAGAGAGAGCCCCUGAGACGGGCAAGAUCUUUAUCAGCGCUUUGAGCGCCACAUCGGUAACGAUAAGUGGCCCACCAGCGAGACUGAAGGUCAUGUUCCGUACAGCCCAAUUCUUCCACAAUCACAAGUGCAUUCCCCUGCCGGUAUACGGAGGUCUGUGCCAUGCAAGGCACAUCUACACCCCAGAAAAUGUGAAAGAGAUUGUGCACACAGGCUCGAUGAAGCUCGCGAACUCUCGCUUCUCGCCACGGUUGCCCAUCUACUCCACCAGCACUGGUCAACCGUUCCCUGCGGAAAAUGCGAUCGAACUAUUCGAGAAAAUUAUCUCAGAGAUUCUCACUCGGACCAUCCAAUGGGAUAAGGUCACCCAGGGAGUGACUCAACUGGCCAGGAAUCUGAGAGCAACUCAGUGUACAGUGUUCGUUUUCCGAAUUUCACUUCCCAUCCGCGAUCUCUCUCAGGCAUUGAAAAGCUCUCCUGAAUUAGAGGUUUCAACCGAAGAGAUCAUGCCAUGGGUGCACAACCAUCUCCGUCAGGACGACGGCGGACCAUCUCGGCCCCAGCAAUCGAAGAUCGCUAUCGUCGGUAUGUCCUGCAGGAUGCCGAGUGGUGCAAACGACACGGAAAAAUUCUGGGAUCUACUCGAAAAGGGCUUAGAUGUUCACAGGAAAAUACCAUCCGACCGGUUCGAUGUUGAUUCCCACUACGACCCGGCCGGAAAGAGAGUUAAUACCAGCCAUACACCGUACGGUUGUUUCAUCGACGAGCCGGGGCUGUUUGACGCCGCCUUUUUCAACAUGUCGCCCCGUGAAGCAGAGCAAACUGACCCUAUGCAGCGACUUGCUCUUGUCACUGCAUACGAGGCACUUGAACGAGCUGGUUAUACUGCAAACAGGACCGCCGCCACGGACUUACGUCGCAUUGGGACAUUUUAUGGCCAGGCAUCUGACGAUUACCGAGAAGUCAACACAGGGCAGCAUAUCAGCACUUACUUUAUUCCUGGUGGAUGUCGUGCAUUUGGUCCGGGUCGAAUUAAUUAUUUCUUCAAGUUCUCUGGGCCGAGUUACAGCAUUGAUACCGCAUGCUCUUCCAGUUUAGCAACCAUCCAGUCUGCUUGCACCGCGUUGUGGAGCGGUGAGCUAGACACUGCGGUGGCUGGUGGAACAAAUGUCUUGACUAACUCGGACGCCUUUGCCGGUCUCAGUCAUGGUCACUUCCUAUCCAAAACACCAAAUGCUUGCAAGACAUGGGACAGUGAGGCGGACGGCUAUGUCAGAGCGGAUGCCGUUGGCUCCGUAGUCAUGAAGCGUCUUGAGGAUGCCGAGGCUGAUAACGACAACAUUCUCGGGGUUAUCAUAGGCGCAGCCACAAAUCAUUCCGCCGAAGCGAUCUCUAUCACCCAUCCCCACGCGGGCCACCAAGCAUACCUCGGCAAGCUUGUUGCCAGGCAAGCCGGCGUGGACCCCCUCGAUGUCAGUUUCGUCGAGAUGCAUGGUACUGGUACCCAGGCGGGGGACGCCGAAGAAAUCCAGUCUGUGACUACUGUGUAUGCACCUAACAUCAGGCGCCGCAGCUCCAAAAACCCACUCUAUAUCGGCGCAGUCAAGUCGAAUGUCGGCCAUAGCGAAGCGAGUGCCGGAAUCACGGCUCUGUUGAAAGUCCUCCUGAUGCUGCAGAAGAAUGCUAUUCCACCACACGUUGGUAUAAAGAAUAAGCUAAACCCUAAUUUCCCAAAAGAUUUGGACCAGCGACAAGUUCGCAUCCCAUAUGAAAAGACUGAUUGGCCAAGAGUUCCCGGGAAGAAGCGAAUGGCUGCCGUCAAUAACUUCAGUGCGGCUGGAGGUAACACCAGCCUUCUACUGGAGGAUGCCCCCGAGAGGCAGGAGGCCGCAGAAGCAGACCCUCGAUCUACUCACGUAAUUGCCGUGUCAGCUAAAAGCAAGGUCUCUCUCCGUGGGAACAUCGAAAAGAUGCUUGCAUAUCUAGAGGAGAGCCCCGAGGCCUUCCUAGCUCAUCUCUCCUACUCCACCACCGCCCGCCGAUACCACCACAAUCACCGUGUGGCCAUUGCUGCGUCCAGUAUAUCCCAGGUCCAGAAACAGCUGAAUGCCGCCCUUGGAUCAGUGGAUUCGCAUAAGCCCAUUCCAGCCACCGGAGCGCCUCCGGUAGCAUUUGCUUUCACCGGACAGGGGGCAAUGUAUAAGUCCUCCAAUUUCGAGUUAUUCCAUCAAUCGCCCUACUUCCGGUCUCAAAUCCUACACUUGGACAUCAUUGCCCAAGGCCAGGGAUUCCCGUCUUUUGUUCCUGUGAUUGAUGGAAGUCAUGAAAAAGACUAUCAGCACUCGCAAGUUCAAACACAACUCGCGUUGGUCUGUACAGAAAUUGCUCUGGCCAAGUACUGGGGCACUUUAGGUGUGAGGCCUGACGUUGUUAUCGGGCACAGCUUAGGGGAGUACGCAGCUUUGCAUAUCGCGGGAGUUCUUUCAGCUAGCGAUGCCAUCUUCCUUGUUGGCCAGCGAGCCGCGCUACUUCAACAGAAAUGUCAAGCGGGUGAUCACAAGAUGGUGGCUGUACGAGCUUCGGUUGCCCAAAUCAAAGAGAGCGCCAAGGAUGAACCGUAUGAGAUUGCCUGCAUUAAUGGCCCGAAGGAAACGGUCCUCAGCGGUCCGAUCCAAGAUAUGAAUGCCAUCAUCCUUAUCCUCGAGGCUGAGGGGUAUAAAUGCUUCAGCUUGGACGUUGCCUUUGCAUUCCACUCUGCCCAGACCGAUCCGGUUCUAGACGAGUUCGAAGCACUCGCUAGUGGUAUUGUCUUCCAGACCCCCAAUAUUCCCAUCAUCUCUCCUUUGCUCUGCAAGGUGGUCUUCGAUAAUAAGAGUAUCAAUGGUAACUACGUGCGCCGAGCCACUCGCGAGACUGUCAACUUUUUAACAGCUCUUGAAGCGGCACAAAAUAUUGGCAUCGUCAAUUAUGAGACUGUUUGGAUUGAAAUUGGACCCCAUCCCGUCAGUGUGGCCUUUGUCAAGUCCACUCUCUCGCCCAUUAAUUUGGUCGUCUCAUCACUGCGUCGGGGUGAGGAUAACUGGACCACUUUAGCCCAAAGCCUGGCAUCUCUUCAUCUAGCCGGGGUGACGGUCGAUUGGAAUGCGUUCCAUGGACCGUUUGAAAAGAACCUGAGGCUAUUGGACCUCCCAACCUACGCAUGGAAUGAGAAGCGCUACUGGAUUCAAUACGAGGGAGACUGGUCCCUCACCAAAGGCAAUACCUAUUACGACAAAGAAAAGGGUCUGCAUCCCGUCCUACCAGCCAAGUCCGGUCUCAGCACGUCGACCGUCCACCGCAUUAUCGAUCAAACUUUCGAUGCGACAUCCGGUACAGUUGUCAUACAGUCUGAUCUAAUGCAGUCUGACUUCCGCGCUGCUGCUUGGGGCCAUGAAAUGAACGGCUGUGGAGUGGUUACAUCGUCUAUCCACGCCGAUAUUGCCUUCACUCUAGGUGAAUAUAUUUCCAAGAAGCUUAGGCCGAAGGCUAAAGAAGUCCAUAUGAACAUUACCAACUUGGAAGUUCGCAAAGGACUCGUUGCCAACAAAAAUCCAGAAUCACAGCAGCUCAUCCAAGUCGUGGCUACUAGUUGUAUUGACACCAACACAGCGGAGUUGACGUGGUAUAACGUGCAGACCGGCGAUACCGCAGGUGAGCCUUUUGCUACGGCGACUGUCCUCUACGGAAAUUCCGAGGAAUGGCUUGCCUCUUGGGUUCCUAUAACCCAUCUUAUUCGAAGCCGCAUCGAAGACCUUGAACGUCUCGUGGUAUCCGGCGCCGCAAACCGCUUUAAUCACGCCAUGGCUUAUCUUCUCUUCGCGAACAGAUUGGUAAACUACGCCGAUAAAUAUCGGGGAAUGCAAUCAGUGGUUCUACAUGAAUAUGAAGCGUUUGCCGACAUCGAGCUCACUAGCGAGAAAGGCGGCAGCUGGACAGUACCUCCAUAUUUCAUCGAUAGCGUCGCUCAUCUGGCUGGUUUUGUCAUGAACGUAACGGACGCCGGAGAUACAACGAACAACUUCUGUGUCACCCCAGGCUGGCGCUCGAUGCGCUUUGCUAAACCUCUCGUGCCGGGCGGCAAGUACCGGUCGUACGUCAAGAUGAUCCCAACCGCUGAUGACCCGAGUGUGUAUCUCGGCGAUGUCUACAUUCUCCAAGACGACGUGAUCAUCGGCAUGGUCGGUGGUAUGCAAUUCCGCCGGUACCCGCGAAUCUUGCUCAGCCGCUUUUUCUCUGCGCCCGACGACGCUAAUGCGCCCCCUAUGGCAACGGCUUCUUCCUCUUCCAAGCCCUCCGUCCCGAAGGUAGAGCCACCCGUCGUCCACGGAGUCAACGGCAUCAACGGCACGAAAGCCACACCCGCAGUCAAAGAAAUCGGUAGCACUAACGGCGCAGAGCCUGUUGGCGUAAAUUUGGAUACUACGACUGCCAAGGCGCUUCUCAUUAUCGCCUCGGAGUCCGGACAGGACCUGGCGGAUCUCACCGACGACGCCAGCUUUUCGGACCUAGGCAUCGAUUCCUUGAUGAGUUUGGUGAUUGCGGAAAAAUUCCGGGCGGACCUCGGGGUAGUAGUCGGAGGAAGUCUAUUCCUCGAAUACCCCACGAUUGGAGACUUACGGAGUUGGUUGGAGGAGUAUUACAGCUAG